AUGGGAACGACCACGCUUGAAGGUGUCGGUAAAGGUGCACUUGCGACGACCGGGAGAAGACCCCCGAGGAGACCCCCGAGAAGACCCGGAGCGUUACCGGCUGAUGAGACAGGAGCCAAAGACGAAGCACCGCGAGAAGAUGCGCUUGGUACAGAAGAAGGGCUCGCCAGUAAACUCAGGACGGCCGAUUGUCCGACUGAGACGCCGACACCGACGCUGAAGCUCGCACCAAUGGGGCCCACAGAUACUGCCGCUGCGACAGCGGACGAAACUCGAGGGCUAGAAGUCGCAGCCAAAGGUACGGGGGUAGGAACCGUAGAGAAUCUUGUCGACGAUGAGCUUGGUAUCAGACUGCUCACCACGCCGAUGGGUAUCAAAGCAAUGAGCCCAUUGGUCACACCGAGCGUUGCUCCGAGCGUAGUGCCCAAACCGCCGACAACAUUGCCGACUACGCCGGUGACUCCCUUCAAUGAGCAAGUUCAGGCUGGGUGUAAUACUGGUAAGAAGGGAUGUCUGGAGGAUAUUCGUGUUGCAAACGACUUGAUAAAGGCGACCCUGGUCGACGAUGGUGGAGCCGUUGGUGUAAGUAGCGCCAUUGCCGUCAGUGCAGGUCAAAGUGGGAGUUGUACCGGUAAGACCACCGACGAGACCUCCGAGUAG